AUGCCUCGUCCACCACGCUCAAAAGUCGCGUCGCGCGUCGCGAAACCCACCAACCCGAAAGCUGCCCCCGCGGCCAAGCAGCCAGCGAAACCCAUCCCGGCGCAAACCAAAAAGCUUAGCAAAGCAACCAACAGCUUCAGCGAAGACAGCGAAGGCCUCGUCACAAAAUCUAGGACAACGCGUUCGAGUAGGAAAAUGCCAUGGGAGAAGACACCGGAAGUCCAUGACGAGGCAGAGCUCACCAUGACUGGUGCGCUACCGGCUGAAGAAGACAUACCCGCAUCAGCGGUGAAGGCCCGUACUCCUGCAUCAAACGCAUCAAAGCGGACGCGGGCCACGAGGAGCAGUGCAAGGAAGUCUGCUGCGCAUUCAUCACCUCUGGCUGCAGCGGCUCAAGCAAACGAAGAAUCGCAGAUGGAGGAAGAUAGCGGCUAUGGCGAUCUGACAUUCUCGUCUCUUGGUUCCGACUCCCCAGCCCACGGCACACGCCCACCAUCAGCCAUCAAGGUUGGCGCAACACCCGCACACGAAAGAUCAAUACUGGCCUUGAGCAAUUUCAGGCGAAGACCCCGGCAGCCAAGCUUGCUGCGCCAGGUGCAACAGACUACCGAUGUAGAGGACAACGACCAAGACGACCUAGACAACACCGACAACUUUGACUUUGACGACUUCCUUCCGCACGCUGAGUCAACACCCCUUAACGUGCGGAAACAGGCACCAGAAGAGGAGAUACGGAAUGAUAGCGGCACUCAGGUCUCAAGCUCCGGUUCUCGUGGCACGAAGCGCAAGUUCUCGUCUAUAGUCCAGGUGCCGCGCUCGUCACCACCGGCGAGUCCACAGUCUGGUGGGGAUGUCGAGUCUGAGCAGCCACCUUCCCCAAGCCUACCAGAAGUAGUGCCAUCACGCGAGCAAGUCGUCGAGCAAACACAAGAGGAUGAAGAGCCUAUGAGCGAAACACUUGCGCCUCCCAUGUCUAGUAGCCCGAUACGCGAAGUCUCAAAGCCGCCUCAAUCACCAGUGCAAACGCGCCUACGCCGAAGAGGUCGGCAAGCUAAGACGCCUGUUAUGGAUGAGGACUCGGAAGGCGAGGAAACAGAGACACCUGCGAGGGCCAAGCAGAGGGCCAAGAAGAAGGUAGAGCAAACUAUAUCCACUGCGCAACUCAAAGGUCUGCUACCGCGUCGACGCAAUCGCCUGCGGGAUCGGGACGAAUUUGACAUCGAGUCUUCUGAUGAUGUCGAGCUGGUGGACUCGGAUCAAGAUGAGUUACAGAUGCCAGCGCGUCGCGUUCGCCAGAGGCAGGGGACUGGAAAGACAGCAUCACCGAAGGCAACAAAAAAGGCAGCUCGCGCAAAUAAGAGCGCACCCGCUAAAGCAGCACACAAGUCGGGCAGAACAUACAGUCGCAGAAUCUCUUCGGACAAGGAAAACGAAACUGCGGGUCAGAACGAAGCAGACACUACUGAAGUGUCCGCAAUUGAGCAUUCAGAGAAGCUGGCUGCUAUCAGAAAGAAAUUUGAGGAAGUGGACGCUUUUGAACUAGAGUUUGAAGAGGUGGAUGUGACGACCAGCUCAAGUCCAUUCCGAUGA